CUGAUCUCCCUCACGCGCCACCGCCUGCCACCGUGGGCACUACGGCGUCGAACCGAAAUCGAAACGAAAUUGAACCAAUUGAAUAAGCUCAGCAGCAAUUCGAAUUAUCCGAUGAACUCAACCACCUCACCAGACAAUCACGCACCUCCGAAUCCCCAAUCACAAGCGCCGCAGUCAAACGAGGAUGAAUCGCGCCGAUUACUGCCCCAGCCGGCGAAAUUCGACGCCGUUCCGAUUCAAUCCGACGACGUCGACGACGAGGAGGCGGCGUACGAGGCGCAGCAGAAGAUCCUGAUCGCCGAUUUCGAAUUGGAUUCGCCCAAUUACUCGGGGCCGCCGCCGUUCUCGUGGAAGAAGCUGUGGAUGUUCACCGGCCCGGGGUUCCUCAUGAGCAUAGCGUUUCUGGAUCCGGGGAAUCUGGAGGGGGAUCUUCAGGCCGGCGCCAUUGCCGGAUACUCACUCCUGUGGCUGCUGAUGUGGGCGACGGCGAUGGGGCUGCUGAUCCAGCUGCUGUCGGCGAGGUUAGGGGUGGCGACGGGGCGGCACUUGGCGGAGCUCUGCCGCGAUGAGUAUCCGGAUUGGGCGAGGAUUGUGCUGUGGUUCAUGGCGGAGGUGGCGCUGAUUGGGGCUGAUAUUCAGGAGGUCAUCGGAAGCGCGAUCGCUAUUCAGAUUUUGAGCCGAGGGUUUCUCCCCCUCUGGACUGGUGUUCUAAUUACUGCUGCUGAUUGCUUUAUAUUUUUACUUCUUGAAAACUAUGGAGUGAGGAAGUUGGAAGCUGUGUUUGCAGUUCUCAUCACAACUAUGGGCCUAUCAUUUGCUUGGAUGUUUGCUGAUGCUAAGCCAAGUAGAAAGGAGCUUAUAUUAGGUCUUUUGGUUCCACGGCUUAGUUCAAGAACAAUCCGGCAAGCUGUGGGAGUUGUGGGUUGUGUGAUAAUGCCCCAUAAUGUCUUUCUGCACUCUGCUCUCGUACAGUCAAGAAAAAUUGACCCGAACAGGAAAGGCCAGGUCCAGGAGGCGCUCACCUAUUACUCCAUCGAGUCCUCAGCUGCCCUUUUCGUCUCCUUCUUGAUCAACCUAUGUGUGACAACAGUUUUUGCCAAGGGUUUCAGUGGAAGCAAACAAGCAGAGUAUAUAGGCCUAGUAAAUGCAGGAAAGUAUCUAGAGGAGAAGUAUGGUGGUGGUCUUUUCCCAAUCCUCUACAUAUGGGGCAUUGGAUUAUUGGCAGCCGGGACGAGUAGUACUAUAACUGGGACUUAUGCUGGACAGUUCAUAAUGGGUGGCUUUCUAAACCUCCGCCUAAAGAAGUCGCUGAGAGCCUUAAUCACUCGAAGCUGUGCUAUUGUUCCAACUAUAAUAGUGGCAUUGGUGUUUAACAAAUCAGAAUCAUCCUUAGAUAUACUGAAUGAGUGGCUCAAUGUGUUACAGUCUAUACAGAUACCUUUUGCCCUCAUCCCUCUUCUCACUCUGGUGUCGAAGGAGCAGCUGAUGGGAACGUUCAAGAUUGGUCCUUUACUCGGGAGGGCUGCGUGGACGGUGGCUGUGCUAGUGAUGGUGAUCAAUGGAUACCUUUUGCUCCACUUUUUCCUGUCCGAAGUCAAUGGUCUGUUGAUUGGCUUCCUCAUCUCUGCUGGCACUGCAGCGUACGUUGCUUUCGUGGUAUAUCUCAUUUCGCAUAGCGACUGUGAGCUGUCUAACUGGCUAAGCCGACUCAUUACCAACACACCUGCUUAAUCCUUCCGGGCUCUUGAUGUUUUGAGGCGAACCAUCGCCCCUCAAAGACGAAAGACGGUACCGCUCUAACUCAUUCGAGAUUUGGUUGAUCCCAAAUGAUGAAGUUUUGCACCAUCUGUAUAUGUAUUAUGGAUAUUGAUUGGAAUAAUUUAGAGCAGAACAUCAGCGAUGAUUAUUUGAAUAGAGAAAAUGGCAUAUUUGUAUAUGCCAUAGCUAACUGUAGAUUGUUUGUGUUGUAAUCAUAAUUCCUUAGUGGAUGUAAAUUAGUGCAUUUUUCUUCA